GAAGCAGAAGUUGUUGAGCAGUUCAACGGAUCCUUAACUGCACAUAAAGAAUCACAACCAGGCAUCUCGAAAAUGCCCUCAAAUUUCCUCACACCCUUCCUCGAGUUGGAUGAUGAAUUUUGCAAGAGUUUCCGAGGUAUUGACCUUACAGAUGCCACACAGAAACGGCGUGUGGUGGGAUUCCAGCGCAGACACUCCCUGUGCCCGGUGACUCUCCCCAACUCCAAAUUCAACAGCAACGAGAGCACCCCGUGGCCUUUGCCGGCCAUCAACCAGCCCUGGAUCCGCGAGCAGAAGCCCCAGCUGCCUCGCUCCUCUCUGAGCCAGAUCCCCUUCAGGGUGGACCGGUCCGUGAGCAUGAUCGAGGGUCACGUGAGCGCUUGCGAGAGCCCGACGGCUUGCUCCCUUCCUCCACCGCCCGGCCUGAGCAUCAGCAACAGCUCGCUGUCCUCGCCCAAGUCCGCGGCCAUGUCCACUCGCUACAAGACGGAGCUGUGCCGGACGUACGAGGAGAGCGGCACCUGCAAGUACGGCUCCAAAUGCCAGUUCGCGCACGGCAUGGACGAGCUGCGAGGCCUCAACCGGCAUCCCAAGUACAAGACGGAGCCGUGCCGCACCUUCCACACCAUCGGCUUCUGCCCCUACGGCGCCCGCUGCCACUUCAUACACAACGCGGACGAGCAGCAAGGCGUCUCCGAGAGCGCAGAGAAGAGCAUCCGAGAGCGACCGCAGCUGCUCCGCCAGAGCGUUAGCUUCAGCGGCUUCUCCUCGCAACGCGGUUUCCACGCCGUCCCGGACGCCUUGGCCUUCUCCCGAUCCUCGUCCGUAUCCCCGCCUCCGUCCACGGGCAGUCCCGACCUGCUCUCUCCUCUGUUCCCCGAGCCCGGGACCCUAAAGCACGGCCACCCGUUCACGGACCUGGGAGCGAACGGGAGCUUCUACGCCAUCAGCGACUCGGAGAGCGUGCGAAACCUGGCGUACGCGCUCACGUCGGCCCUGCAGAGGAGCGCUUCGGCGGACUCGCUCUCGGACCAGGACGACUACACCAGCUCCAGCAGUCUGAGCGACUGCGACUCUCCCGGGGUCGAGGGCAAGCGCCUGCCCAUCUUCAGCCGUCUGUCCGUCUCAGACGACUAGACCUGCGCUUGAUUCGUAAAAGUGAUAGGCAAUGUAUACUGUUGUAUACCCAGUGGGAACUUCACUUUAGGUUUAUUUGUAUCGGGAAUUGUCCUGCAGUGUUUUGUCUGUAGGAUGAACUUUCCCUUAGUCUAACCAAAGCCGAGCAACUUAGAGUAUAUACAUCUAGUGUAACGUCUAACCCGCUCCCUGAACUUACAUACUGUAGCCUUUAGUUAAGGCGUUUUUACAUGGACUGAGUAGUUUGACCUAGUUCUUUGAAAAAAAGAAAACGAAAAAAACUAUUUAUUGCCUUGUUUUGUAUUAUGCAUCGUGUUUUGCAUGCAUUUCGAAGGAGGAACAAUGUAGAUGAGGCUUUUGUGUUUGUUUCUUUUGAGUCUGCUUUGCACGAGCUAUCUCUUAGCUUUAACGAAGACCGCGUCUUACUGUUGGAAUCUCAGGAUCAUUUUAAAGUGCCAUCGAUACACUGUCCUGUAUCAGUCCUUCUCAAUAAUAAUACCAGUCAAAACUGUUAAUAUGCAAGCCAACAUGAAUGUGAAAAUAACAAUGUACCAAGUCAAGUUGUGCCAUCUUUUGCACUCUUAUCUUUUACUUAAGAGGCGAAAGCUGUGAGCGAGUUCUGAUGUCCGUAGGUUGUGUUUUAUUAUUAUUAUUAUUGAUGUGGUUUCUCAUCCUUUUGCCUUGUGAAAAGACACGCUUUUGCCUUUUGUUAACUUAAAACUUAUUUAUUUCGUUUUUUCCAAGUGGGAAAACAGUAUAUUGUGUUGUGCUUUCGUUUCAUGUUUGUUUAUAUAUAAUUUAAAUGAACUGUUUACAUUCCAUGGGAUGGUAAUGCCCAUUUUCAUUAUAAUAUAUGGUUUUGAAAUAAACUUUCGAGGGAACAAAA